UCUCAUACGCCCACUAACCGAAGUACCGAUUUACGAGGCCCCUUGAACGCCUCACAGCCCUUACGGAACCACGUUAUGACAGCAUCGCUCCCGUCCGCCGUCCUGUGACACUUCUGCAGUGAACGGGGAGUCCAGCUGGGCCUGAGGAGUACUUUCCAUGGCUCUGAAGCUGAUCCAGAGGUAUCCGCUGCUCGGGCAGUUCUGGAUUCACCGUUGCCCUCCUGUUGGCCCCGUCUGCUCCACCCGGCUCCUGAGAACCAGCACUGUAGGUCAGCCCCUAUGUGGAGCCUGUUCCUGCACCUCCACCGGCGGCUGCACGGAGCCCCAGCAGGACUGCGGGAGGAGGAACCUGACCACCAUCGCCAGGGAGCCUUGCUUCAUCGCCAGCAGCUCUGUCGGGCUCCACAGACACUCGGGGCCCGAGUUUCGCCUGACCCAGCUGCACCCACCCACCGCUGCGGAGGAGGAGAGCUUCCAGCAGCUCCUGAAGAACUGCUCCUCCUCCCAGCAGGUCUUGACGCUGCUGCGCUCGGCCGAGAUCAUGUCCGACACCAUGGCCGCGGCAGGGCUUCACCGCGUGGCCGACCUGGAGCGGGGGGAUAAAUCCCUGAAGGACCCCAGAGUGCUGGAGAACGACACCAUCAAAGCUCUGUGCCUGCAGCUGGAGCGGGACUCGAGGCGGCUCACAGACGCCGGGCUGGUAUCGGCCCUCCUCGCCUGCACGCGCCUCUUCUUGGAUCCGUGGAGCAUCCUGAUGGUGCGGCUGGUGUCCGAAAGCCAGGAGAGGUUAGACAGAGGGCGGAUGACUUCGGGGCAGCUGUGCACCCUGGGCCAUGCGAUGAUGGCCAUCGAGGGCCCCGACAGCGCGAUGCUGAAGCAGGUGAUGGAGCAGAUCGAGAAGCAGAAGCCCGCCCAGUGGAGCCUGGCGGACCUCGCUGCCGUUUAUCGAUUUCUCCAAAGCGGCGUGGUGAAAGAGAAAAAACACCGGAAUCUGCUGAAUGCCAUACACACCCACGCUGUCACGCUGACCCCCCACAUGGACCCGGCUGCUGUCAGCGGGCUGCUCGGCGCUCUCGUGACCCUGAAUCAGACCAAGAGCAUGCCUCUGGUGAUCGGCCUGUGUAAGCAGGCUGUGCAGCACGUCCCUCGCUUCACCGACGAGGAGCUCACCGUUGUGCUCGGGGCCCUUAUGCACUUUGGUCACAGCGACCAGAGCUUCGUGGAGGCGAUGGAGAGGUACGUUCCCACGAUGGCCUUCACCUCCAACCCAGAGGCGGUUACCAAGGUGAUUCAGUUCUUCGGCCGGAGGAACAUCCUGUGCCCGGCUGUGUUCGACGCCAUCGCGGAGAGCUUCGUGUACCGAGCGGACGACUACAACACCAGCCAGGUGGCCAGGCAGAUCAUGGCUCUGGGAAAGCUCGGCUACCUUCCUCCCAACGCCGGCGAGGUGUUCAGGAAGGUUGAAAGCGUCCUGCAGUCGCGCUUCUCCCAGUUUCAGCCUCGGACGCUGCUCAACCUGCUCCACUCCUGCACGCUGGUGGAGAGGUUCCCUGUCAACUUCGUGUCCAAGGUUUUCGGCAGUUACUUCCUCCAGCAACUGCAAGAUCAGGGCACAGGGAUAGACUGGAUCGUCCAGGCACAGCUGACCCAGCUCCACAUGACUUUGCAGCUGGAGUGUCCUUACUAUAAGGGUACCAAGCUCCUUCAGAAGUACCGCGUCAGGUCCUUCCUCGUGCCAGGACGCUCUCUGGAGACGCCGGUGGAUGUACCGCUGUACAACUCUGUGAAAGCUGGACUGGUGCAUUUGCUCGGGGAUCGUUCAUUCUUUGCAUCCAAAGUUCUGACACCGUACUGCUACACACUCGAUGUGGAGCUAAAACUUGAUGAAGAUGGGUUCGUGCUACCUGCCAGUCAUAAUGAAGACGUGUACAAAAGGGUGGCUGUCUGCAUUGAUGGACCAAUGAGGUUCACUACAAUGAAGAGGCAGCUGCUGGGAAAAGAGGCCAUCAAGCAGCGACAUCUGAGGCUCCUGGGAUAUGAAGUUGUUCAGAUUCCUUACUAUGAAUACGAAAAACUGCACAACAAGUCCCAGAUAGUGGAUUAUCUGCACCAGAAACUCUUCCCUCACACUUACAGGCUGAACUGGUGAUGAUAAUGCUGUGGAUGGGAUGGAUGAAUCUUGAAUGUUGAGCCAAAAAUAUUUAUUUUUCUAAAAACAGUCAUUACCAGAUGAAUGUUAUUGAUUCUGCACUUUCAUGUGUUUAAUUUCAAAAUAAAGUGACUUUUGUAUAAAUCA